AUGUUGUCUCUCAGGAACAUUAUGAGAACCAACAACGGUAUUAUCACUCAGAGAUGCACCGGAGAUCCCAACAUUAUACCCAGUGUGGUGGUGGAAGUUGUAUCCGGUACCGGAGGGGAAGCCCAUCUUCACAGCGGCACACAACGCCUCGUCCACCAGUCUACAACUCCACUGAGCCCCAAUCGCUCCACCAUCCACGGGGAGUUCCUGGGCUACCGUAUUACACUCAAGCCCAGAGACAUACCCAACCCUCGCUCUGAACAAGUGGUUAAAAUCACCGUCAAAGAUCCCAAUGUCAAUAGUCACGUUGUACAGGGCCUACGCACCUACACCCAGUACUUGGUGUCCCUUCAGGUGUUUAAUCCUGAAGGUGACGGACCCACUUCCACAGUAGCUGUCAUGACUGACGAAGGUGGUGAGUAUCUUUGCUCUUAA